AAAUAUUAAAUUUAAUUAAUUACCGUAAUAUUGACAACAACAAUGGUAUCAACAACUGAGAGUAUCCGAGACAAUGAUGAGGAUCAGCACUCGCCGGUCCUAUUGAUUGAGGACAAGACCUACCAGAAGUCGAUUUUAGACAAUCUUAAUAUGUUAAGGAAGAACAAGCAAUUCUGUGAUGUUAUUCUUCAGAUUAAUAACAAACAAGAUAUCUACGAAAUCUAUGGCCACAAAGUAGUGUUGGCCAGUGCCAGUCCCUAUCUGCUGGAACUGUUUGCCAACGAUCAGACAUCAUCGUCCGCGACCACUACUGUCAACCAAUAUAAACUGUUGGCCGGAAACUACGAUAUGGAAGCAUUCGAGUGUAUCGUCGACUAUGCCUAUACUGCACGGCUAGAAGUACCGAACGAUAAGGUCAAAGAUGUCUACGGCAUUGCCAGUCGGCUGAAGAUGAGUUCAAUUGCCUACGAAUGUGGACAGUAUCUGAUGUCUUCGCUAACCGCCGACAAUUGUCUGAACAUACGAUCCAUUCGCGGCGUUCUCAACGAUCAGUUUCUGUUGUCAUCGGUUGACAACUUUAUCCGACAGAAUAUGUCGGAAAUUGUCGAAAGCAAAUGUCUGGACGGAUUGCAGAAGAUUCAGGUGGAAGUGUUGCUUAACAAUGACGAAGAAAGGUCGGCCAUUAACGAGAAGCAUGUCUUCAAUAUGGUUGUCGAAUGGAUUCAACAGUCGUUUGCCAGGGAAGAGCUAAAUGAGCUAAACAUUUGCGAAAAGAUGUUUAUGUUGUUCGUAAACAAGUCGGACAAAAUGCUUCACGACUGUAACGAAAUUGAAAACGACACCAACUAUUAUGAUUCAGAUCUAAUACAAGACUAUAAGCGACAAUCUCGGCGACUGUUUCCGGCCAAAGAUGCGGCCGCCGCACGUAAGUCGAGUAAUGGUCAUCAAAAGCCGUCGUCAAAUAAUGGCUCAUCGAGUCAGCCGUCAAAGUCGCGUCAGUUUAUGUUCACUCGUUCCGAUUCGGAGUCGUCGCUGUCAUCGAUUGCCGACGAAGAUGUCGAAAGCGAUUGGAAAGUACUGUCCGUCUGUUUUUCGGCCAAACAUACGCUUAUGGGUUUGAUUAUAGUAUCGGGAAAGUUGUCGGUACUGAUUGUUAAACUGCGAGUUAGUUCACCGGUAAAUUCGCCGAACAAUUCACGUCACCAUUCGUUGGAAAAACCGGAACUUUAUUGUCUGAUUCCGCCGAUGAACUCUGGCCGCUGUGCGGUCGGUACGGCUAUUUUUGACGGAAAACUGUUUGUUUGCGGUGGAUAUGACAGAGGAGAGUGUCUGAAAACUGUCGAAGUCUACGAUGAGUUGACCAACAAAUGGAAUAAAGUAAGUCCAAUGCUUGUCCCGCGCGGACGGUUCGGUAUUGCCGCUAUCGGUACAAACGUUUACGCCAUCGGAGGCUGCGACGGCCAGAAUGAGCUCAACUCUGCCGAAAUGUACGACUCGGCCACUCAGGAGUGGACACCGAUAACCAACUGUCCUAUUGUUCGUUCGAAUGCCGGUGUUUGUAGUCUGGAUGAUAAAGUCUAUGUUAUCGGCGGCUGGAAUGGCCAGAGAGGACUGACCCGAUGUGAUACUUACGAUCCAAAGACAAACCAAUGGGAAGAGAUAAACCCAUUAAAUACCGGACGAUAUCAAACUGGUGUCGCCGUACUCGAUGGUCACAUCUACGCUGUUGGUGGUUGCGAUUCGUGGACAUGUCUGAACUCGGCCGAAGUAUUUGCCAACGAUUUCUGGAAACCGAUUGCAGCCCUGCAUACGGCCCGUCGCGGAUGUGGUGUCAUAGCGUUCAACGGCAAGAUUUACGCUAUCGGCGGUCACGAUGGUGUGCACGCACUCUGUUCGGUAGAAAUCUACGAUCCCGAGACCAAUCAAUGGACAUCUGGUCCAUCGUUGACCAAUUGUAGAGCUAAUGUUGGCGUAGCUGUGGUCGGCAAAAGACUUUAUGCUGUCGGCGGUUUUAAUGGCAAAAUAUUUUUGAAUACUAUCGAGUUUUUCGACAGCGAUACCAAUGAAUGGACACAAUCGGUGGCUAAAUGUCUGAUCACUGAUUCGGACGAUAGCAGCCAUGAGUACAAUAAUAAUAACAACAAUAACAAUGAACACAAUGGCAAACACCAUCAUCAACAGCAACAAUGUUGCGGUAUUUCUAUGAACACAAACGGCAUUACCGGCGAUGGCUAUAAUGGUUGUUCAUUCAAUUAUAAGACAAAGACAUCGCCGCUCAAUAACGAGCCGUUGAUCGAAGUCGAAGAAACAACUGUUGGUCACUGAAACAAAAAAGAGAGGGAACGGCUAUUAUUCUAUCCUACCCUCUCUCUCUCACAUCCCAUUCCCCGAUCCCUUCCAUAAUUUAUAUAUUAUAUAUAAAACGUUUGCUUUUUCUAAUUAUUAUUAUUAUUAUAUUUCGAAAAAAAACAAUU